AUGAUGCGCGAUCCGAUCCAGCGCAUUUUUUCGGCUUACGCCGACCAAGAAUGGUCACAUGGAAAGGAUUUCAAAGACAUCGUUACCUACGCACAUUCAGAGGCACACGCUUUGACCUGCCAGAUCAUGCGAGAUGGGAUGAUUGAUCCUCCUCCCCCGCGGUGCGGAGACUUGAACGAAACGGAUGCGGAACAAGCAGUGGCCAGGAUUCGUGAAGGAUUCGCCUUUGUCGGGCUGGUGGAGGAAUGGGACCUCUCCAUCUGCCUCCUCCACCGUAUGUUCGGAGGUGACUGCCUCCCCUCGGAUUUCAUGGAUAGCAGGCCUACAUUUUCCGGAGAUACGACGAACCACGAGUACAACACCUCUCUGCUUGACGGCUAUGAUGACCCGGUUGACCGACUCCUCUACAACGGGGCCAAGGAGCUCUUCGCCAAGAGGCUGCUGGAAUACAAC